AUUUUUUCACCUUUUUGGACUGAAGGAAAGAAAAUGGGAGGAGUUUUGACCGCUUGAGCCAAGAGGAUGGAGAAGAAGAAGUCUAGUCGACCCCGACCACAAAAGUCUAGUUCUAGUGUAUCUAUCGCUUCUGUCGAGUCAAUGACAAGCACACGUUCUCUUCUUUCGCUAAUAUUCGUGUUCCAGCACAGCGUUUAAACUUUUAUUCGUCAGCCAGCUGCAGUGCCAAGACAUCCUAGUCUCUUGUUCCACACUGGUACUGUGAUACAAGUACCAACACAUCCACGAUGUCUUGUUUGAUUCCAUGCUUUUAUGCAUUGCUGCUGUUGUGCAAGUUCGCUUCUUCAUCGGCCUGGUCUUGGAAUAACCUUUUGAUGACCAGCACUAGGAUCAAUUUGGGAAUGGCGGAAUCAGUGGCGGCCGGUGCUGAACUAGCCAUGGCGGAAUGCUCUCACCAAUUCAGGUGGGAACGUUGGGCAUGUCCACGCAGCGCCUUCACCAAGAAGAAAGUGUUUCGUUCAUUGAUUCGAGAAUCGGCGGCUCUUCACUCGUUUCUAUCCGCCGGAAUCACAUACACGUUGACGCGUAACUGCUCUCGUGGCCAACUGGAAGGAUGCGGAUGCGCUACGAUUUCUUCUCAGCAUCCAAACGAAUCUCCAUCCAGCACGUGGCGAUGGGGAGGCUGCAGUGACAACAUAAAAAUGGGCGAACAGUACUCUGUUCGGGUACUGGAUUCACUCGAAUCAGGCCAAGACGCCCAAGCUUUAGCUAAUUUGCACAACAAUUUCGCUGGCCGUUUGGCUGUUCGACAUUCAAUGCACCAAGCGUGCAAGUGCCAUGGAGUGUCCGGCUCGUGUGCCAUGCAGACUUGUUGGAUCCAAUUGCCUCCAUUCCGAACAGUCGGCCAGGCCCUGAAACGACAGUAUGACACCAGUGCGAGGGUCGGCUACAGCAAUGGCAUCCUUCAGAUCGACGGCAGCAGCUCAUCAGCUAACGGCGCCAAGACCUCAUCGGGUUCUUCGCAAAUUCUGCGCGUCUCGCCACAAACACUCGUCUAUUUGGAACUGUCGCCCGAUUUCUGUCGAGCCAACAUUACGGCUGGAACGAGUGGCACGAAAGGGCGGACGUGCUCUAGAGACAAAGGUAAAGGUCUGUCGGCCUCUCAACGACGCAGCUGCAUCCAUCUGUGCAAGAACUGCGGCCAUAAAGUCAAGAAGCGCGUCAUCUCCGUCCUGACUUCGUGCAACUGUACUUUCCAGUGGUGUUGUCAAGUCCAGUGUCAAACGUGCAACACAAACAAGACUGUUUAUUCUUGUGCUUGACGUGUCAUCUCCACAACAAUCAACGAACGCCAUAGUAUAAAUCGAAGACAUCCCAAAUGUACAGAUAUAUUUCACUGAUAAAAUGAAAAAUUCCCCUUGGUCUUUAGAGACAAAAUGUAUAUAUUCCAGAUGGCCGGCUUACAAAAUUUCCUAUCAGUUUUAGAGUCUGUAGGCCUAUGUUAAAAAGAAAAUGAAAUAGGACCUAGAAGGACACCUUUUAACUUGCCCAACCGAACAUAUGUGCCGUUAUUUUGCUUACUUCGUCGUGAUUGUUGCCUUUGUUUACGAUGAAUUUGUUUUACAAGCUUUCCUGCCAA